AGAUUCGUGUGAACCUAUACACGUCAUAAAUGCGUAUGCAAUUUGCAAAUGGAUAAACUUAAUUCUUCAAUAAUACUCAUUUAGGAUUUGCUCUUAAAUCACUGUUCCUAAUACUCAUUUAUCCUUAUCUAAGCACUGACUGAUCUUACCUAGUACAGCUCAAACAAAACAAAAAAAUCCAAAAAAAAAAUCCGAAUAAAAAAACCCCCUAAAAUUUUGCCUGAUAAUUUGGUUAUAUCAUUGACCAUUUUUAUCUCUAUAAAGUCUCUCUCUUUUCUCAAAAAUCUCCAUUUAUAAAUUGGUUGCAUUUUGCUGUUCACCAUCGAUCAUACUAUCGGGCUGAUUGAAACUUGCGAAGCUAUUCAGAAUGGGGAUGCGGAUGAGCUUUUUUCUUCUAGUUUGUUUAAAUCUUAUUUUCUAUGCAGUGGUGGCAGUCGGUCCACCAACUUGUCCCGCUGAAGGCAGUGGAUGUGAUGCUGAUGAGUGGGAAGGGGAAUUUUUCCCUGAAAUUCCCAAGAUUAAGUAUGAGGGACCGAAGAGCAAGAACCAUCUGGCAUUCAAAUAUUACAAUGCUGAAGAGGUGAUCCUUGGAAGGAAAAUGAAGGACUGGUUCAGAUUCAGUGUAGCAUUUUGGCAUACAUUCCGUGGAACAGGAGGUGAUCCAUUUGGCGCACCCACGAAAUUUUGGCCAUGGGAAGAUGGCACCAAUUCUUUGGCCAUGGCCAAGAGAAGAAUGAGAGCUAAUUUCGAGUUCAUUGAUAAGCUUGGAGUUGAGUUUUGGUGCUUCCACGAUAGGGAUAUAGCUCCAGAUGGUAAAACUUUGGAGGAAACUAAUAAAAAUUUGGAUGAAGUGGUUGCGUUAGCCAAGGAAUUGCAGGGUUCCAAGAUUCAUCCCUUGUGGGGUACAGCUCAAUUGUUCCAUCAUCCUCGUUACAUGCACGGAGGGGCUACAAGCCCUGAGGUUGGGGUAUAUGCAUUUGCUGCUGCUCAAGUAAAGAAGGCUAUGGAGGUGACUCAUUACUUAGGUGGUGAAAACUAUGUUUUCUGGGGUGGUCGUGAGGGUUAUCAGACGCUUCUAAAUACAGAUAUGGGAAGAGAACUUGAUCAUAUGGCAAGGUUUCUUGAAGCUGCUGCCAACUAUAAGAAGAAGAUAGGAUUUAAGGGGACUUUGCUUAUUGAACCAAAACCCCAGGAGCCUACCAAGCAUCAGUAUGACUGGGAUGCAGCAACAACCACUAAUUUCUUGCGUAAAUACGGCCUUAUAGAUGAGUUCAAACUUAAUAUUGAAUGCAAUCAUGCUACACUAUCUGGUCACAGCUGUCAUCAUGACCUUGAGACCGCUAGAAUUAAUGGUUUGCUUGGAAAUAUUGAUGCAAACUCUGGAGACCCUCAAACCGGCUGGGAUACCGAUGAGUUCAUGACUGAUAUUGCAGAAGCUACCAUGGUUAUGCUCAGUGUCGUUAAAAAUGGUGGAUUGGCUCCUGGAGGAUUCAACUUCGAUGCUAAGCUCCGAAGGGAGAGUACCGACGUGGAGGACUUGUUCAUAGCACAUGUUAGUGGAAUGGAUACGAUGGCUCGUGGACUCCGUAGUGCUGCCAAGUUAAUUGAGGAUGGAUCACUUGGUGAGCUUGUGAAGAAGAGAUAUCAGAGCUUUGACUCAGAGAUUGGGGCUAUGAUAGAGGCCGGCAAAGCUGAUUUCGAGUAUCUUGAGAAGAAGGCUAUUGAAUGGGGCGAACCUAAAGUUCCUUCUGGCAAACAGGAGUUGGCUGCGAUGAUAUUCCAAUCCGCCUUGUAGGGUGUGUAUAGGAACGAGCCUUCUCUACGCCUUGUCUAAAGUUAGAGUAACAUAUAUGUAAGGUUUUAGAAUGAAUAGGAUCCUAGUUCUUGUCUAAAUUCAGUGAAAUGCAGUGUAAGUAUGUUCAUCGCCAUUGUUCUUGGCAGUUUACUGCUGAAAUAAAAUAUUCAUGUUUUCAACCCUCGAAA